AUGGCCACGAAGACUCAAGCCACGGCAGCAUUCCUCCUUUUGAAUUUACUGUUCUGCACAUUCGCCUCUGCGCAACUGGUCACCACUGUCACCCAAUGCCUAAGCCAAACCGUCGAACUAGGCGUCUGUGGUGUUGUGCUCAACCUCAUCAAAAUCGACGGACUCACCGGGCCCCUCAACACAACCUGUUGCAAUCUGUUCUCGGCUCUCACGAGUCAGCAGGCGUCCAGUUGCCUCUGCAUUGCGAUAAAGCUUGGCUUCCUUGGCCUCAACGUUACCAUUCCCGGUGACAUCGGUAUUCUGCUGACUUACUGCGGCAAGCAAGUGCCUCUCCUGACUUGUUCAUAA